AUGUCUGAAUCUUUAGCUGGAGAGAGAUUUCGAAUUGGUUACGCUCUUGCACCUAGAAGCGUCAGCAGCUUUAUCCAAGAUUCUCUCCUCAUUCACGCAAAAGAACAUGGCGUUGAUCUCAUUCCUAUCGAUCUCGACAAACCAUUGGUCGAACAAGGUCCGUUUGAUUCUGUUUUUCACAAACUCUAUGACUCAGAGUGGAAGAAACAGUUGGAAGAAUUCUCCCUCAAAAACCCAACUUCCAUAAUCGUCGACCCGAUUGAAUCUAUCGAGAAGCUACACAAUCGAGUAUCCAUGCUCGACGUAGUCAGUCAAUUGAAAAUGGAGAAUCUUGGUAUUCCGCAGCAAGCUUUCGUUAAUUCAAACGAUUCUGAAUUAUCAUUGCAUGACGUUGUCGCUCGUGAGGGGUUGAAAUUUCCCAUAAUUGCAAAGGCGAUGCUCGCAAAUGCAACAGCUGACGCUCACCAGAUGUAUUUAGUAUUAAACCAAGACGGAUUAAACGGAAUUAAACCACCAAUUGUAUUACAGGAAUUCGUGAACCACGGGGGAGUUAUAUUCAAGGUUUACGUAGCUGGGGAUCACGUGAAAUGUGUUAAAAGGAAGUCGUUGGCUGAUAUAACAGAGGAGAAAAUGGGAAAUUCAGAGAGUUUAAUUCCUUUUUCUAUGAUAUCUUAUUUUGCUGAUCAAGAACAGAGUGAUGAGAGUCUUGCUAAAAUGAUGGAAGCCGCUGAGAUGCCUCCUAUGGGAUUCAUAAAUGAAGUGUCUAAUCAACUGAGGAAUGCUAUGAAUCUGCAUCUAUUUAACUAUGAUAUGAUAAGGGAUAAUAGAGUUGAAAAUCAAUAUCUUAUUAUUGAUAUUAAUUACUUCCCUGGUUAUGCUAAAGUGCCUGAAUAUGAAACUAUGUUGACCCCUUGUUUUCUUGAUCUUGCACAAGAGAAGCGAAGCAGAGAGACUGGUAAUUUGGAGAAGGAGAGUAAGACUCACGAGACAGAUUCUAAUGGUCAGAAUAAGACUCAUGAGACAGAUUCUAAUGGUCACAAUAUUUCCUAG